AGUGUAAUAAUAAUAAUUGUUUUUGUUAAUUUUUAGAAAAAUAUACAAAUCUAACUUUUGAUUAACAAUGGCUCACUGUAAAAAAUGUUAGACUGUUUGAUAAAUGAUUAAAUCUCACUAAUUCAAUGUAUUUUGCUAAAGAACCUCUCUGAGAAGUCUGAAGGACAAAUCUUGAAGCAUUAUACUAGAGGAUAAAAAUAAAAAGUAUUUUAAUAAAGGAAACAUCUUGGAAGUAUUUUACUAAAGUAAAUAUCUUGGAAGUAUUUUACUAAAAAAACAUAUCUGGGAUUCAUUUGAAACUUCACAAAAUUUAAAUAUCAGUUUUUGGCUAGUUUACAACACUGUUACUUACUGCAACUGUACUAAAUUACAAACACUAAUGUGUCACUUUUUACAUGAAGGGUAAUAAGAUCAGAAUGGCGAUUUUAGUAGAGUUAUUUACUAAUAAAACGAUAAUAUUUUGCGAAAAUGAGUCGCUGCUUGAAAAUUCGCUUAUUUGGUACAAUUUUAUGCAAUCAUUUAUCUAAACCACGUUUUGGAAAAAAUUUAAUUCUUCAACCAAUCAGAAAACAGAAAAAUAACAUAUCUUGUACACACAGUUUAAAAUGUCUACACACAACUAAUUGCAAUAAAGCACUACCUAGUUUUAGUUUUGUUUUGAUAAAACUGACCUCGUCUUUAUAUCGCGUUAUACUUAGUCCUAUUUUGACAAAGUUUAUCUCGUCUUCAUAUCGUGUUGGAAUUUUCUUAGGUGGGAGAUUACUACGAAAGUGGUGGGUAAAUUUAAACAAGAAUCGUGGUUUUAUUUUUUUGAUUUCUGCUGUUGCAGUAGUUGUACCCAGUGCAUUUUAUGUGACUCAUCUUGAGGAGACACCUGUAACUGGUCGUCGUAGAUUUGUCGUAUUGAGCGAUGAUCAAAUGCAAAAAAUUGCAGAUUCGUAUAGUGAAGACCUUAUUCUUGCAUUUUCAGACCUUCGUCUACCGGUGAGUCAUAUAUUGCAUGAGAAAGUGUCUCGUGUUGCAAAUAAAAUCUUAGAGUGUAAUGUUAGUCCUGAAUUAAAUGCGCUUAAAUGGGAAAUAAAUGUCAUCAAUAAUGACGAAGUGAAUGCGUUUGUAUUGGCUAACGGCCACAUUUUUGUAUUUACCGGAAUGCUAGCUGCUAUACAAAAUGAACACGAACUUGCUGGUAUACUAGCUCAUGAGAUGGCGCAUGCAAUAUUAAAGCAUUCAUCGGAAUCCGUAAGCCAUUCUGGCUUUUUUAAUUUUUUGUCGUUAAUUAUUCUCGGUGGCUUAUCUAUUGUUAUACCAACUAGUGGUUUAGCUUUAGUUGCUUCUUGGUUUGAAUAUACUAUAAAAGAUAUUCUGCUGAGUUUGCCUUAUUCGCGUCAACUUGAGCGUGAAGCUGAUGAAAUUGGCAUGCAUAUAGCAGCUCGGGCAUGUUUUGAUGUUAGGCAUUUGCCAAAGUUUUGGGAAAGAAUGCAUAAGACUGAUACAAAACAAACACCUGAUUGGCUAUCUACACAUCCGUCAAGUGAAAACAGACUCAUUUGGUUAAACAAUAUUCUUCCAAUUGCUCUAAAUAUAAGAGAAAAACAAAGAUGUCCACAACUAAAUAAGUUUUUUGAAGCAGUUCAAAACAAAUAAUAAUGUACAUAAUUAUUUUAUAGAUAGGCAGUAUUUAUUUUAAUCAAUUUUGCAUACUUUUUAACUAUUUUAAAUUUUUUAAUAUACAUUGUUGACAAAACAUUUAAUAUUUAAAUAAAAGAACAUAUUCAAAA